AUGGCAGCCGCCCAGGCCUUCCUGGACGAAAUCCACGAGGACUUACCGGUGCAGGUGAAUGACCACAACGCCUACACGCUCGGAAGCAUCGGAAAACAUCAUGUCGUGAUCGCAUGCCUGCCCUAUGGCGAAUAUGGCAUCGCGCCCGCCACUGCCGUCGCAACGCAGCUGUUGUCAAGCUUUCCGUCCAUCAAACUGGGCUUGAUGGUCGGACUAGGGGGCGGUGUUCCCCGUGAAGAGGCGGGCAUUCGACUGGGCGAUGUGGUUGUCAGCAAGCCGACCAGCAUCCACGGCGGGGUGAUCCAGUAUGACUUGGGCAAGGCGCUGACCGGCGGCGAGUUCCAGCGGACGGGCAUGCUGAAUCGGCCACCGCAGAUCCUCCUGACGGCCAUGUCGAAAUUGCAGGCAAACCACCUCAUCGGCCGCAAGAGAUUCGUCAGGCUUCUGGCGGAGCUUGAACACAAGCUCUCAGCCCAAGCCCGUGGUACCUUUGCCCGGCCGAGUCAGGAGGAUCGUCUGUAUGCGGCUGAUUACGACCAUGUACCGACCGGGCUGAGCUCGAAACCGUGCGAAGCCUGUGACGUCGACAGGUGUGUUUCUCGUGCAGAUCGCAGCGACAGCGUACCGGUUGUCCACUACGGCCUGAUCGCCUCAGCCGACCAGGUGGUGCGAGACAGCCGGCUGCGGGACAGGCUCGGCCAAGAGCUGGGGGUCUAUUGCGUCGAGAUGGAAGCCGCGGGACUGAUGAACAACUAUCCAUGCCUGGUGAUUCGCGGUGUCUGCGACUAUGCGGACUCCCAUAAGAACAAGGACUGGCAGGGGUACGCAGCAGCCACCGCGGCGGCCUAUGCCAAAGAGCUGCUGCUGGUCACCUCCGUCAGCCACGUCGACCAGAUCCGCACCGUGCGCGAUACGCUUUCUUCAGACCUGCUGGGAGCGGCUGCCGUUCCCUCCCCUCGACCGUCGCGGUCAACAACACCGGUCGCGAUCGACCACAGUGACCUCGGCGGUGUUUAUCUGGGAACGAUCAGAGGCGCCGAGAUUAUCCCACGACUGAUCCAGAACCCGGAGUACUGGCGAGCUGAGAUCAACACGCUGCUGACACAGCUGCUGGCAAUCCAUCCCCAGUGGUGGGUGGAGGCAAGGCCGAAGACAGCAGAGAUGAUGAACGCCUUUUUUGCCCGGAACAGGCUGACCUUUAGGGUGAAUAUUGUUCAGAGGAAGACGCCGCGUCCAAAUUACUCGGGCCACAACCGGCAGUAUCUGAACAGUCUGUUCCACCAUAACAUGGGGUGGAUCAACGGCUGGGAGAAUGCAGGAGUGCCGGAGAUCAACAUGGGCAUCCUCAACCUGUGGGCGAUUCUCGAGUUCUUGGACAGAGAUGUUGAAUGA